UAGAUUUACAAAAGCUCUCCAGAGUCAUUUUGAUCUAUAUGAAUUAUAAAUAUAAUUGUUUUGAUGUAUUUCUUUAAAUCCCCAAUAUUUUGUGCUUCUUUAUUCUUCAGACAGGGAAAAUUUAUUUCCUACUUUAUAGGAGCAAAAUGACCAGCCAGCCCAUGGAGACCUUGGGGCAAUGGAAAGUGACAGUAUGGGAGGAGGAGAACUUUCAAGGGAAGCGUUGUGAGUUUCUUAUAGAAUGUUCCAACAUAAUGGAGCGAGGAUUCCGCAGGAUUCGAUCUAUUAAGGUGGAGAAUGGCCCAUGGGUUGGAUAUGAGUACCCAGAGUUCCAAGGACAACAGUUCAUCCUUGAGAAGGGAGAUUACCCUCGCUGGGAAGCAUGGAGUGGUAACAGUGGCUACAGAACUGAACACCUUCUCUCUUUCCGCCCUGUCAAAUGUGCUAACCACAGUGACAGCAAAGUGACCCUCUAUGAGGGGGAAAACUUCCAGGGCCGUAAGUUUGAGCUUUCCGACGAUUACCCCUCAUUGCAAGCUAUGGGGUGGUGCUCCAAGGAGGUAGCUUCAGUCAAAGUUAACUCUGGCGGCUGGGUCGCAUACCAGUAUCCUGGAUACAGAGGGUACCAGUAUGUACUGGAGCGAGACAGACACAAUGGAGAGUACAGAACCUAUAAUGAAUAUAGCACUCAGGCUCACACUAACCAGAUCCAGUCCAUCCGCAGGAUCCAGCACUAAGGACAGAAGUCAGUCACAAGACAAUUUACUGACCAUCAGUUACAAACCCCUGUUGUGCAGUGACUAGACCUGGCCCUUGGUAUGAACACAGCCAUAUUCACUGCAAGAAUAAAGGCAUCUUUCAU